UGGUCAAACUGUGAAAGGGGAUUUGGUAGAGAAAUGCAGCUCGGGUAGCACACAGCUUCAGUCAGCCUCAUGCAGUGAGAGAACACUGAGAGGACAGAGGAGCAGGGUGGAUGUGGGUGAGAGUCAUAGACUGGACACACACACACACACACACACAGCAGGAGAGUGAGGACAGCUGGCGUUGUGUAAGAUGCGUUAUGGCGUCACAGGGCUCAUGGCAGGGAUAAGCAGAGGAGCUUAACACAGCCUGGAACGAGGGAGCUGCAGAUGAGGAACGAUGACAGAGCGCUAUGACUGUCACUACUGUAAGGAGUCCCUGUUUGGGAAAAAGUAUGUCCUACGGGAGGAGAACCCAUACUGUGUAAAGUGCUAUGAGAGCCUGUACUCCAACACCUGUGAGGAGUGCAAGAAGCCUAUCGGUUGCAACAGCAGGGACCUGUCAUAUAAGGACCGCCACUGGCAUGAGGACUGUUUCCACUGCUUCCAGUGUAACCGCUCGCUGGUGGACAAACCGUUCUCCACCAAGGAUGAGCAGCUGCUGUGUACUGAGUGCUACUCCAAUGAGUACUCCUCCAAAUGCCAUGAGUGCAAGAAGACCAUCAUGCCUGGCUCCAGGAAGAUGGAGCAUAAGGGCAACAGCUGGCAUGAGACUUGCUUCACCUGUAAGCGCUGCCAGCAGCCCAUUGGAACCAAGAGCUUCAUCCCCAAGGACAACAACAACUACUGCGUGCCGUGCUAUGAGAAGCAGUUUGCUAUGCAGUGUGUGCACUGUAAGAAGCCCAUCACCACCGGAGGUGUGACCUACCACGACCAGCCGUGGCACAAGGACUGCUUCCUGUGCACCGGCUGUAAGCAGCAGCUUUCUGGCCAGCGUUUCACCUCUCGUGACGACUUUGCCUACUGUCUCAACUGCUUCUGCAACCUGUAUGCCAAGAAGUGCGCCUCCUGCACUUCCCCGAUCAGUGGGCUAGGAGGGAGCAAGUAUAUCUCUUUCGAGGAGCGUCAGUGGCACAACGACUGUUUCAACUGCAAGAAGUGCUCGGUGUCUCUGGUGGGCCGAGGCUUCCUGACUGAGAGAGAUGACAUCCUGUGCCCUGAGUGUGGCAAAGACAUCUAAUAAGAAUUCACCUAAAGUAGAGGAAAAAACCCUAAAGCAUAGGAGCAUAAGGAAUUCCUAAUACACUUAUAUACACCUUUAUCACAGCCAUGGAUUUUAGAAACACCGAUUUAGAUAAAAGUGUAUUAUUUUAGAAGAGAGAGAAAUAUUAAUGCAAUAAAUGUCACCAGAUAAAUUUUGCCUAGAUGUUUAUUUUAUUUUUGGCAUGAACAAUAAGGGCUAAAAAAAAAAAAGAAAAAAAAAAAGAAAAAAAAAAAGAAAAUAUAUUAGCUUUCAAACUUUUAAACUAGAGGUUUAUGAUGAAUAUUAACACACUAACAGUUUCUAAUGAACUCUGACAGUGAGCCUUAAUCAGCACUUGGUUCCUCUUUUUCAUGACCAUC